UUAAACCCAGGUAUUUAGACGGUAAACAUUAAUUCGUUUUGUUUAUGAAAUGGCUUGUCUUGUGAGCGAGGUGUACAGUUGGAAGGACACUAACCUUGCACUUUUCGGGUCCGAUGUAGAAAGAGCUGUAAAAAGUGUUACAUUAAAAGCUUACCUUCAUUACAGUUAUUGGGUUCAGAAUUUUUAUAGCAGCGAUCACUAAGUAGAUUAUGUUCUGAAUACUAAAAGCUAGUAACCUAUAAUGAUUUUGGUUAUAUGUUUAAAGCUUAAUGGAUAAAUGAGAAAGUAAAGUGUUGAUAUAUGAUUUCCUUGAUUUAUUUGCAGAGGAGUCUGCUGAGAAAGAGCCAGCAUGGGGACCGGUACGAAAGAUUGCCUCCUCUACUCUAAUGGUCUGGCGAAUAAAAAAUUUCCAGUUAGAAGUUGUUCGAGGUGAAGACAUUGGCAAAUUUUUCCGCGGUGAUUCCUAUAUUGUUUUAAAUACCGAAAAAGUUGGUGAUGAACUGUUGUAUGAUGUUCAUUUUUGGAUUGGACGUGAAAGCACUGCGGAUGAAUACGGAACAGCAGCUUAUAAAACGGUUGAAUUGGAUACUUUUCUUGACGAUAAAGCAGUUCAACAUCGAGAAGUUGACGGAUUUGAGUCUGAUUUGUUUAAAACUUAUUUUAAUCGCUUUGAAACUCUUGCAGGUGGAUAUGCAAGCGGAUUUAAUCAUGUAAAACCGAACGAAUAUAGACCUCGUCUUUUACUGUUUCAUUCAGUUGAUCGUAAAAAUAUGGAAUUGAUUGAAGUGCCAUUUUCAAGACGUUCUUUGGAUUCAACAGAUGUCUUUAUUUUGGAUAUGGGUACUGAAGCAUAUCAGUGGAAUGGACGUGGGUGCACUAAAGAAGAAAAAUUCAAGGCAAGUCAGUUUUUACAACAACUGGAGUCUGAUCGAAAUGGAAGGUGUAAAACUGAGGUGACAGAUGAAGAUGGUUCUGAGGAACAUAAAAAGUUCAUUAGUUUAUUGCCAGACGUUGCAAUAGAAAAAAAAGUUGAACAAAAAAUAGGCAAGAAAGUAAUUUACAGAGUUUCAGAUGAAAGUGGUAAAAUGGAGAUUUCACUUGUAUGUGAAAAUGCAUUGCCGAAAGCGUCCCUAACAGAAAACGAUGUGUAUCUCAUUGACAGUGGACAAUCUCUAUUUGUUUAUAUUGGAGUGAAAUGUAGUAGACGGGAAAAAUUGGAUGCAUUAUCUCAUGCACAUGAUUACUUACAAAAAACUGAUCAUCCAUUCGCUCCAAUCACUGUUGUAUCGAAUAAUCGUAAAUCGAAAGAAUUGGAUAAACUGCUCGAAUAGUAUUGAAUAGCAGUUAGAAAAAAGGUGAAUGAUCAUGUCAACUUUAAAAAAAUGGAAUGAAAUUUCAAGUAAUAUUAAUUCUGACAGUAUUCAUAAUAUCACUACAAUAUAUUCUGAAGUUAUAUUUACACUUAUAAAGUGUAUUAUUAUAUGCAUGAAUAUUAUUUAUUUGUACCUUAAUUAUCUUAUCUCGUUAUUUAUUCAACCAAUAUUGGUUUGAAUAUUAUGUGUUAUAUGCUUUCAAAUAAAUAAUUGUUUUUCUUCCU